AUGAAGUCUUUCAUCUUCUCUAUCGCCCUUGCUGCCACUGCAAGUGCGCUUCCUGGUCCGGCUUUCAGGACUGUCAACAGACUGCCUAGCGUCAAGUCCAACCCACUUCGUCGCGCCAACCAGAUCAUCCCUGUAAUCGUUGGUGGUCCACAAGAUACCUUCAUCCCCAACACUGUCACUGCAGCAGUCGGCGAUAUCAUCCAAUUCCAGUUCUCCAACGGCAAUCACACCGUCACGCAAUCGACUGCUGAUACAGCAUGCACCCCUAUGGAAGGCGGUAUCCACAGCGGUCACAUUCCCUUCGAAGACGGCCAGACAGAUGUUGGAACCUUCAACAUGCCUGUCACUAGCGCCGACCCCAUGUAUCUGUACUGUGCUACCGGACCGCAUUGCCAGGAGGGUCAGGUCAUGAUGGUCAACCCUGCGAAUACGCAGCAGUUGGCCGAUUAUGUCAAAUUGAGCCAGCAGAGUGAAUCCAGCACUGAUGGCACUGACGUUGUGGGUGGAACGGCUGGAAAGCUUGCUUUGGACACUGCAGCCUUCGUGCCUGCACCACCAGAGGAUCCGGCCGCCGCGCCUCCGCCUCCCGCCGCGCCCCCUGCUGGAGAAGCCCCCGCAGAGACACCACCUGCCGGAGAGACUCCUGCUGCAGAAACUCCUACUGAAGCACCACCCGCAGAGACUCCUGUAACAGAAGACCCAGCAGCAACUCCUGCGGAGACCACUGCCGCCAUGGUCUAG